AUGGCCUCGUCCAGUCGGUUGUCUUGGUGGCACGCUGUCGAUGAAACUAGUCCAUGCUGCUUCGGGCACUGGCUCCUGCGAAGAACACCUCAUCGUGUGAAGCACUUGCCGCGCACUGUCCUGCCGGGCGGAGAGAACAGCGCUCCGCGCGCCUCUAUCGCUGGGCUGCAGACCUCGCCGGGCAAGUCUAAGAGGAACAUCUACUUCAGGGUAAGAUCGGCGCCAGCCAUGUCAUGUUGGGAUAAGUUCGGUGGAGGGUCACGUAAGAAGCUUGUUGAGGACAGUCGUUGGACAGAAGUAGACAUAGCCAACAGUUACGCCCUGUUCAUGGGCUACCUGUCCAUGGCCGUCAAAGGUCUUGGUUUCCUGGUGCUUACUUGGACCACCGUCGUUCUUCUUGGCGGUUUCAUUGGCGACCUGCACAACAAUGAUUUUUGGUGUCUUGCAUUCAUUACCCUUGCGCAGACGGCUGGGAUCUUCGAUGUGUUUCUGACUGAAAAGGUGAGCUAUAUUGGAGAUGCAUUUUCUGGCAUCGCAUAUGUUGCAUACGCCGGAAUGUCGUACAACAUAUGGCGAACUGUUCAUGCUCUGGUCUUUGUCAUUUUGUUGUGCCCUCUGGUGGCUGUCUACAUGGGUGGGUUGGUAGUUUCGGCCGUGCUUUCGGUGUGGCGUCUUAUACAACAAGAUUACCAUGCUGACGGAGUCAGAAACCUGAAGAAGGCGCUGGUCGUCUUGUAUUCCCUUGUCCUGCUCCAGGGUGUGAUUUUCUGCUACAAGAUCAUCAAUGGUUGGGCAAAGGGGUCUAUAGUGAAUGCAGUAGUUGACCAAAGAGGCUUUGAUAAGGAUUUUCGUGAUGGGAUAUCGGAUUACAUACGUGAAACAAUGAUCGGAUGUGAAAAGGACCCAUCUUCCGUUAAAGGAAGGAACCUCAUCACAUAUGCUGUGGGCCUGAUGGAGUCUAAGUUGCCUGACGACUACAUUUCCGGGGUAAGGAUCCUGGACGCUUUCGCCAAAAAACUGGAGGAAGCAGUGAAAGAGGUCAAUGGGGUAGACGACCCACACCAAUACACAGGGGAGAAUAUACUCAAGAAACAUCUGAUAAUGUCUGCACCCUCUCCUGAUAUAGUCCAGAAGCUACUGCAGACGUUGGGCCACAUAAGCAUAUAUGACAGAGAGACGAGGGGGCAUGCCGCAAGGGUAGUGGCGAGCAUUGCUCGCGACAUCCAUUUGGAGAAAUAUCCAAAGGCAAUUGGCUACAUAUCUUCCCUCCUUGACACAUACGAAGAAUACAGUACUCUCCAGCCAUAUAGGGGAGACUGGCUAUACGAGACAUAUGAACAAGAUUUCAAGCAAAUAUCCUUGCCGGUGAACCAAGAUGACAUCGUUGAGCAAGGGGACUAUGAUGUUGGCCUUGCGAAAACCUGCAAGAAGCUGCUGGAGGUUGAGAGAAGUGACCAUGACCUUGUGCAGGCGUACAAAAGGCUGGUGGAGCAAGGCUUUCGCAUCCUUCGGAAGCUCGCAGCCAACAAUGACAACUGCAGAGUCAUUUUCAGCACCCCAUUUCUGCUGCCAAAGAUUAUGGCGCCUGUGACCUCCGACCUACUCCACCACCGCAAUGAGGAUGGCCGCAUGAAGCACAUUGACAAUGCUGCAUGUUACAGCAUAGUAGAAGGUUCAAUGAAGGUGAUUGCCCAGCUCACGGCUGCUACAGGGCAGAUAGGCACCAAGCUGCGUGAUGAAAUCUCAUGCAGUAUGGGAUUGAUCACAGCCAUGAGGAUGAUUCUCGAGUGUAAAGAAUGCAAUGAAAUGCUGCAGAAAAUAGCUAUUUGGAUUCUCACACACGUACACCAGGAUGAAAAUUCCAGUCCAGAGCAUGAAGGGACACAAGAAUUCAUUACGAUGUUGGUUGACAUCAUGACCCAUGAUAAAAAGUACAAGGAGGCUAGAAGGGUGGUAGCAGCUAAAGCGCUGGUGGCUCUAUCAUCCGAAACCAGUAGUGCCAGGAUUAUCAUUAAGUCAAAUAACAAUGUUAUUCACAGUCUGACUAGACUGAUUGUUGAAAAACAAAGAUGCUCACAAAUGGCAGCUGAAAUCCUGGAAAAUGUAUGCAUUCAUUGCAACGGUGAUGUUCAAAGCCUCAAAACGCUGAAGGAAGCUAUGCCCAUUGCGGUUCCAAAGCUGCUUGAAGAAAUACUUUUCUGGCCAACAGAAGAAAGACAUAUAGAAGGAACAGAAGUUAAUCGGCUGAUACCAGAACCCGAAGUAGAAAACCAAUGUGAUGAUUCCCCAGAUAAUGGCCAGGCAAACAACAACUCGUUGUCCGCUCAGCAGCAAGGGUACAGCUCGUUUCGCAUGUUAUCUCGUUGCAUCACAAUAUGGGGUGCGUUGAUAAGUGCAGAUCAGGACUUGACAGAUCUAUUUACGGAAAUCCCCCCUGGAGGCGGUGGAAUUAGCUUCGUGAUGAAGCUCAAAGAGAUCGUUGAAAAACAUGAGCUCCCCAGACCCGUCUGCCUGAGAAUAAGGAAGCUUGUCUGUAAGAUGGUCAUAUCUAUGAUGAAUCCCAAAGGCAGUUAUGUCAAUGAUGGGCUGACGAGCUUGAUGGCUGCACUGUCCAGUGCUUCAGAUGACAUGUCUAUUCUUGAUGGCUACAUGGUUUUUGGACCAAGGCCUUUUAGAAGUCUUGCUUCCCUCGUGGAAGAAGCGCAGGUGCUUGUGGACAGAAACAAAGAGCUUUUCCAGAGCCAAACCCAUGCUUCAAGCUAG